CCCCGGGCUCGGCGGCCCUCGGGCCCCGGGGCGCGGGGCGGCGGCGGCGGGGGGCGCGCGGCUCCGGACGCGGCGCCUGCACCAUGAACUACCAGCAGCAGCUGGCCAACUCGGCUGCCAUCCGGGCCGAGAUCCAGCGCUUCGAGUCGGUCCACCCCAACAUCUACUCGAUCUACGAGCUGCUGGAGCGCGUGGAGGAGCCGGUGCUGCAGAACCAGAUCCGGGAGCACGUCAUCGCCAUCGAAGAUGCCUUUGUGAACAGCCAGGAAUGGACGCUGAGUCGAUCUGUCCCGGAGCUCAAAGUGGGAAUUGUGGGUAACUUGGCCAGCGGCAAGUCUGCCCUGGUGCACCGGUACCUGACGGGCACAUAUGUCCAGGAGGAGUCUCCGGAAGGUGGCAGGUUCAAGAAAGAGAUUGUCGUUGACGGACAGAGCUAUCUGCUGCUGAUUAGAGAUGAAGGGGGCCCCCCGGAGGCGCAGUUUGCCAUGUGGGUGGAUGCUGUUAUAUUUGUCUUCAGCUUGGAGGAUGAAAUAAGUUUCCAGACUGUUUACCACUACUACAGUCGAAUGGCCAACUAUCGGAACACGAGCGAGAUUCCUCUGGUUCUGGUGGGAACCCAGGAUGCCAUAAGUUCUACUAACCCGAGGGUCAUCGAUGACGCCAGGGCGAGGAAGCUCUCCAACGACCUGAAACGGUGCACAUACUACGAGACGUGUGCUACCUACGGGCUGAACGUGGAGAGGGUCUUCCAGGACGCUGCCCAGAAGAUUGUUGCCACAAGGAAGAAGCAGCAGCUGUCCAUAGGACCCUGCAAGUCGCUGCCUAAUUCUCCCAGCCAUUCUUCCGUCUGUUCUGCGCAGGUGUCCGCCGUGCACAUCAGCCAGACAAGUAAUGGAGGUGGGAGUUUAAGCGACUAUUCCUCCUCCGUUCCAUCGACUCCCAGCACCAGCCAGAAGGAACUUCGAAUCGAUGUUCCUCCCACUGCCAACACGCCCACACCCGUUCGCAAGCAGUCCAAGCGCCGGUCCAACCUGUUCACUUCUCGGAAAGGGAGCGACCCAGACAAAGAGAGGAAAGGCCUGGAGACUCGUGCGGACAGCAUCGGGAGUGGCCGAGCCAUCCCCAUUAAACAGGGCAUGCUGUUGAAGCGAAGUGGCAAAUCGUUGAAUAAAGAGUGGAAAAAGAAAUAUGUCACCCUUUGUGACAAUGGCGUGCUGACCUAUCACCCCAGUUUACAUGAUUACAUGCAGAAUGUUCAUGGUAAGGAGAUUGACCUUCUGAGAACCACUGUGAAAGUCCCAGGGAAGAGGCCACCCCGAGCCACGUCGGCCUGUGCGCCCAUCUCCAGCCCUAAAACCAAUGGCCUGUCCAAGGACAUGAGCAGUUUACACAUCUCACCCAAUUCAGGGAAUGUCACUAGUGCAUCUGGGUCUCAGAUGGCAAGCGGCAUCAGCCUGGUCUCCUUCAACAGCCGACCCGACGGCUUGCACCAGCGCUCCUACUCAGCCUCCAGUGCCGACCAGUGGAGUGAGGCUACAGUCAUUGCAAACUCGGCCAUCAGCAGUGACACGGGGCUGGGUGACUCCGUAUGCUCCAGCCCCAGUAUCUCCAGCACCACCAGCCCCAAGCUCGACCCGCCCCCCUCCCCUCACGCCAACAGAAAGAAGCACCGAAGGAAGAAAAGCACUAGCAACUUCAAAGCCGACGGCCUGUCCGGCACUGCUGAAGAACAAGAAGAAAACUUUGAGUUUAUCAUUGUGUCCCUCACUGGCCAAACGUGGCACUUUGAAGCCACGACGUAUGAGGAGCGGGACGCCUGGGUCCAAGCCAUCGAGAGCCAGAUCCUGGCCAGCCUGCAGUCGUGCGAGAGCAGCAAGAACAAGUCCCGGCUGACGAGCCAGAGCGAGGCCAUGGCCCUGCAGUCGAUCAGGAACAUGCGCGGGAACUCCCACUGUGUGGACUGCGAUACCCAGAAUCCUAACUGGGCCAGUUUGAACUUGGGAGCCCUCAUGUGCAUCGAGUGCUCAGGGAUCCACCGGAAUCUUGGCACCCACCUUUCCCGAGUCCGAUCUCUGGACCUGGAUGACUGGCCAGUCGAGCUCAUCAAGGUGAUGUCGUCCAUCGGGAACGAGCUGGCCAACAGCGUCUGGGAAGAGAGCAGCCAGGGGCGGACGAAACCCUCAGUAGACUCCACAAGGGAAGAGAAGGAACGGUGGAUCCGUGCCAAGUACGAGCAGAAGCUCUUCCUGGCCCCACUACCCUGCACGGAGCUGUCCCUGGGCCAGCACCUGCUGCGGGCCACCGCCGACGAGGACCUGCGGACGGCCAUCCUGCUGCUGGCACACGGCUCCCGGGACGAGGUGAACGAGACCUGCGGGGAGGGAGACGGCCGCACGGCGCUGCAUCUGGCCUGCCGCAAGGGGAAUGUGGUCCUGGCACAGCUCCUGAUCUGGUACGGGGUGGACGUCAUGGCCCGAGAUGCCCACGGGAACACAGCGCUGGCCUACGCCCGGCAGGCCUCCAGCCAGGAGUGCAUCGACGUGCUGCUGCAGUACGGCUGUCCCGACGAACGCUUCGUGCUCAUGGCCACUCCCAACCUGUCCAGGAGAAACAAUAACCGGAACAACAGCAGCGGGAGGGUGCCCACCAUCAUCUGAGGAACAGCCGUGCCCGCCUGCUCGCCACACCCGGGACGCGGCAGCCUUGCCGCAUACUCGCUCGGAAUUCGCAGCACGUGAGUCCCGUCGCAUCCCCUCCCUCUUCCUGGUGGCCGCCUCCCUCCCGCCCACCCACUGUCACCCCAAACAAAAUCACAAAACCUGGACAUCCUCAAGGGGCGAAGAGGCGGCCGGGAGACUGCAGAAGUGGCUCCUUUUCAUCAACUCCCCUAAACCACAAACAGGAGAGAGCGACGGGCCUCGGCCCUUUGACGAUAGCACACGGCGCAGGACCCUUGUCCUGGUGGCACAAGGGACGGGGACGUGAGGGGGAGGGGAGGCGAGGAACAAGGAGAAGGGGCAACUUCCGUUAACUGGCAGUUAAGCACAUAGUACAUUUCACCUCUACCGAACGGAACACUUGGAUUCCAUCUCUUCUCUGAGGAGCUUGACGGCAUAAAUCAGAAGCAAGCACAGAGUUUGUCAGGUUUGAAGCCCCUAUGAUGGUAUGUGUCAAAUCAGUUGUAGCUAAUCUGUCCAGGGAGAAUACUGGCUUCAUUACACUUGUAUAGUUGAGUUCUUCCAGCAUUACUGCUGUUUAAUAGAACAUGAUUAGUCAUCACCGAGAAGAAAGCAUAUUAGCCGAGGAGGUAGUUACGUGGCACGCUCCGGUGAUUGCCACGAUGUGAUUGCAAUACUCUUAGAAGCAUCAUAUUAUCCCAGACAUGUUCUUUCAAGCCCUUGGAGCCCUCCUUUCUAAAUUCACUGUCAUAAUUUAGGAUCUGUUUAAUUUUUCAGUCCAAAGAGAGGAAAUCAGUCGCUGAGUAUUAUUUGACUCCAGUCUCCUUGGUGCAAAAACAAAAUGGGAAAAAUAAAUAAGAAUAACUCAGAAAUUCAAAAGGAAAUCACAAAUUCAGUUAACAAUAGCAUUUCGAGUAUAUUUCGUAAACUAAGUAAAUACACAAAAGGCUAUUUUUUCCGACCGUAAGAGAGAUUUUAUGUCCUUUUGCCAAGGUGGAUGUGUUAGUCUCAGGCCCUCCUGGGCCACAUUGCCCAAGUCACGCAGGCUUCUGUAUUAUGUAUUUAGAUAAGAUGUGUGAAAAUAUAUUUGAAUAAAAGAAGUUCAUAAAUAUGCAUUGA